AACUCCGCCUCGGAAGAUGGCUGCCAUGAGGCCGGGGUUGGAGCCGUGGAACCGCGUGAAAAUCCCCAGAUCGGGGAGCUGCACCACAGUGACAGUACAGGACCCUGGGGUGACUCUUGACCUUUGCAUUGCAGCUGCCAUUAAAGAAUGCUGCCUGGUCACACUAUCACUGAAGAGCCAAACCUUAGAUGCAGAAACAGAUGUGUUAUGUGCAUUCAUUUACAGCAACCAUAACAGAAUGGGCCACCACAAGCCCCAUCUGGCCCUUAAACAGGUUGAACAGUGUUUAAAACGUUUGAAAAGCAUGAAUUUGGAGGGUUCAAUUCAAGAUUUUUCUGAGCUAUUUUCUUCCAGUGAAAAUCAGCCUGUAACUACCAAAGAAUGUGUCAUCCCCAGUCAACCAGUGGUAGAAUUGGUGUUGAUGAAGGUUUUGGGAGCCUGUAAGUUGUUACUCCGCUUGUUGGACUGUUGUUGCAAGACAUUUCUCUUGACUGUGAAACAUCUUGGUUUACGAGAAUUCAUUAUUUUAAACCUCGUGAUGGUUGGACUGGUGAGCAGGUUAUGGGUUCUCUAUAAAGGUGUUUUAAAAAGGCUGAUUUCUUUAUACGAACCGUUGUAUAGAUUGCUACAAGAGGUCUCCAGGAUUCAACCAAUGCCUUACUUUAAAGAUUUCACCUUUCCUUCUGAUAUUGCUGAAUUUCUAGGGCAGCCGUAUUUUGAGCUCUUUAAGAAAAAAAUGCCUAUACCUUUUGCAGCUAAAGGAGUAAAUAGAUUGCUGAAUAAACUGUUUUUAACAAAAGAGCAAUCACUGACAUCCAGCAAAGAAGCCUUACUUAGAAAUACCAAAAAAGCUAAACAAAUGAAGACCAAUCUAGAGAAUAAUGUGGAUCUUGGACAGCCAGUAAAGAGUAAAGAUGUCAUCAGAGAAAACUCAUCAGAAUUUGAUGUGAGGGCUUUCUGCAGACAGCUGAAAUACAGAGCUACUCAGGAGACCUUGGAAUUUAAAUGUUCUCAGUCCAAAAUAAAGGCAACAAUGCAUUCUUCUCAGAAAGUGUCAGGAACUCCCUGGGCCAAAAGUUUUGUGCAAAGAUUCCGAGAGGCUGAGACUUUCAUACAACUUUCUGAAGAGAUCCAGAUGGCGAUUGUAUGGUGCAGGAGCAAAAAACUCAAAGCUCACGCCACCUUUCUGGGUAACAAGCUUCUUAAAAGUAACCGGCUUAAACACGUGGAAGCUCAAGGUCACAGCUUGCCAAAGAAGCUGGAGUGCAUAAAAACAUCUAUUUGCAACUGCCUUCUUCGUGGCUCAGGUAACAAAACUUCAAAGCAUCAUCUGAGACAAAGAAGAUCACAGGAUAAAUUUUUACCGAGACAAAGGAAGCCACAGAGAAAGCUGCGGUCAAUCCUUUUAAAGGAAAUUCAGCAGUUCCCUCAAGGGCCUCAGAAGGGUGCUGCAGAUACCAGUGCAGAACGAAGACUCUUAAACCUUACAGUUCAUAGAGCUGAUCUCUAUCCUCACAGAAAGCAGCUCUCAGGUAGCAGAGCUUCAAACCCUAUUAUACGAACUAAAGAGAAACUAGACCAUGAAAAUCUUAAAGGAAGCAAUGAAAAUGAAACUGGUUCAUGGACGUUGACCCAAAUGAAUAAACAUAUUACACCAGGAAUCAUUAAGGAGACAGAUGACAUUGAUGACAUUUUUGCUUUAAUGGGAGUUUAG